AUGUUCGGCGGAGCGUGGGGAAGUAAUCAGAACAACCAACAGCAGCAGAAUAAUCCGUCUGGGGGAUUUGGUGCGUUCGGACAACCAGCCCAGCCACCAACCAACGCUUUUGGGCAGCCGCAGCAGCCUCAAGGGGGUCAAUCCACUGGUUUUGGCGCGUUUGGGCAGCCCCAAAGCACCACUUCAGCUUUUGGGCAACCCCAGAAUCGUUUUGGCGCGUUUGGUGCAUCCGCAGGCGCGUCUUCGACGCAACCUGGCCCCGGAUUUGGCGCUUUUAGUUCCAAUACUGGUACAAAUACUGGAACCCCUGCGUUUGGUUCAACUAGCACAUUCGGGGCUGCACGGCCUGCGUCAGCUUUUGGCAGCUCCUCCACGACACCGGCGACCAGCGGCAUUUUCGGUGCCUCGACCACCGCGCCCACCCAAGCAAGUGGGACAGGGGGUGCACCAUACCAAACCUAUCAAGAGAAAGACGCCCCCAAUAAUGCCGGCAUCUCGAUAACUCAACAAUUCCAGGCGAUCACUGCCAUGCCUGCUUAUCGGAAUAACUCAUUUGAGGAACUUCGCCUCCAAGAUUAUGCUCAGGGUCGUAAAACUGCAAAUCAGUUUAACACGCCGAGUACCGGUGCCUUUGGCUCUGCUGCCACCCAACCUACUACGAGUCCAUUUUCUGGCUUUGGGACAACCCAACCUCCGGCUUCUGGGGGUGGGUUUGGCGGUGCUUUUGGCAGUGGUUCAGCCUUCGGGCAGUCGCAACAGCAGACUCAGCCUAACCCAUUCAGUGGUUUUGGUGCAACGACUCAGCCACCACAACAGAGUAAUGUGUUUGGCGCGCAGCCGACGACGGGCAGUACAUUUGGUGGCACAACAACUAACUCGGGUUUCGGAGGAACUCCAGUUUUUGGACAGACACAAAACCAGACUGCCGGCUCGGCGGGCGGGUUUGGUGGAUUUGCCCAGGCCAAACCGGCGGCUUCGGGUUUUGGAUCUUUUGGAUCGUCUACGACGACUCCUGCGACGGGUUUUGGAUCUUUUGGCCAACAACAGCAACAGCAACAACAACAACAACAGCAGCAACCACAGCAGCCUAGCGCCUUUGGUGGUUCCCAGCCUUCUACGAAUGCUUUUGGGUCAUUCGGUCAAACAAACACAACGAGUGCUCUUGGUCAACCCGCACAACAGCCACAACAAGCAACCAAUAUCUUUGGCCAGCCCCAACCAGGUCCAACCACCGAAAACAAAUCGGGUCCAUUCGGGGCAUUUGCUACUGGGAAUACAAAUAUGUUCGGCCAAUCGGCACAAUCACAACAACCCCAACAGCAACAGUCCAAUGCUUUUGGAACCCCUUCGACACAAUCUUCCCCUUUCGGUACAUUUGGCAACAAUGCGCAACAGCAAGCCAAUACAUCCAGUCCUUUUGGUGCAUUUGGUAGCAAACCCGCCACGAAUACUGGUACUACAAACAUCUUCGGUUCAUUUGGGCAAAACCAAAACCAAAACCAGCAGACGUCGCCUUUCGGAAGCACAACGCCAGCUACUGGGAAUACCUUUGGUGGGACACCUGCUUUUGGCAACUUCGGCAGCACCAAUGCCUCGACAACAGGGCAACAAUCAACUCAACCUGGUACGACAAAUAUUUUCGGUGCCACCGCUAAGCCAGGUCCGUUUGGAACAUUCGGACAAGGCACCAGUACGACUUCCACUGCGCCGCAGAACACCACUUCUAACAUCUUCGGUGGAUUCGGCCAGAGCACCAAUCAGCAGCAGCAACAGCAGCAGCAGCAGCAGAAUCAAACCCAACCAUCGAUCUUUGGCUCGAGUCCGGCCCCCAGUGGAGCAAUUUUUGGGUUGUCUGCAGCUGCACCUCCCCCUCUUUUCGGACGUCCGGCGGCAACUGGUGCUCAAGCCUCCCCAGCUCCGAGUCUCUCCGCUUCAGUUGACCAAAAUGCCUUUGGUCACAAUCAGUUCCUGUCAUCUCUCGGACCAGGUCCCCAUGUUGUCAAUCUCAGCGAGUUAGAGGACAAGAAGCAGUUGCCCCCCGCAUCGCCGUUUGCGUACUCUAUGCGUCAUGUGCCCAGACCACACGUUCCAACCAUCGGGCGCUUAAGGGGAUUUUCGAAUGCCAUAGGAGGCGACGCUGGUGCUAUUCCAAAUCGUGCUGGCUCGCCCUUGCGCGCGAGCAGUGUAGGUCCAGCUGGUCAGGGCAAAGCUGAUACAAGCCCGUUCGCCUCUCGCCCCGCCUUUGGUGGAUCAUUGAGUGAGGCACUGAGUGCUUCAGCGUCAUCGCGUGCAACUCCAGGCUUGAGCCUCGACGCAUUUAGACCAAAGGUCAGCGUGAAGAAGUUGAUGAUGCCGCAUCGGGUUGACGGCGAACGUCUCGGAGAUGGUGUGAACCGUGGUACUGAAUCUUUCCGUGCCUCUUCUUUGCCUCCAAGCUCAGGGCCUUCCUCGAAGGUUCGGUGGAACGUUGCUGCUGAAAUGGCAGCCAAAACCUCUGCUGCCGAUUCUAUAGCUCCAUCUGCGCGCCAUCCAUCGACCUCGGCUCCGAGAUCGGAGCUGAUCGUUGUCCCUUCUGCCUCCCAAUCCAAUCCUGCCGAAGGGGAGUAUUGGACUCGUCCAACCAUCGCCGAGCUCCAGAAGAGUGACUGGGUGGAUCUCUCCAAAGUGGAGGAUUUCACCGUCGGUCGCAUCGGGUAUGGCGAAGCUACAUUCCUCCAGCCCGUCAAUCUCACCACCCUCAAGGUCAUCGCGGACAUCCCCGGAGGGGUCGUGGAGUUUACGGAACGCGCUUGCGUAGUUUACGUAGACGAAAGCAUCAAGCCCCCCGUUGGUGAAGGUCUUAACGUCCCAGCGAGGAUUUCAUUAGAAAAUUGCUGGGCUCGUACAAAAGAUACCGGCGAGACUGUCAAGGAUGAAAAUCAUCCCCGUUUCAAGAAGCACCUCAAGGUGCUCCAGAAUAUGCCCAACACAACCUUCAUAUCUUUUGACAGUCAGACUGGUGUUUGGACUUUCCGUGUCGAGCACUUCACACGAUACGGGCUUGAUGAUGAGGAAGAUGAUGAGGAAGACGAUGAUCAUGACGAGGGCCCCAUCGAGAUGGAAUCUGAGUUGGCACCAGCAUUAAUUGAAGAGGCGCCAGAUGAGCGUGUAGCCUCCCCUACAGCCCUCGCUCGAGAACCAACUUCAUCCUCAAGUCCCGACCUCAGUGACCAGAGUCCCUCAUCAGAUGACGAAGCAAAUGAUCAUGAAACCCCUCGUCCUUGGGCUUCUCACCUCGGGCUUGAUCCUCACCGCGUCAACAUCAUGCAAGCUUCCCUCUUCGCCGAGGCAAUAGAUGAAGAUGUACCACCAGCUACACGUUCGACCAGUUCUGCUUACCCACCACCACCUAAUGACAGGACAGCUGGCGUUCGAGUCCCCGGCGCGGCCAAGUCACCUGGCACUCACGAACGCGGGACCACUAGACAUCCUGAUCGGAAGAGGGCACAACGUGAUUAUGCUCAACCAACCGCCAGAAAUUACACUGAGAUUGUGUUACAUGCGUCGGAUUCCGCCGUCAUCGGACAGGAGCGACAACUUCUGGACGCUGGACUAGCUAUGGGACGAUCUUUUCGUGUUGGUUGGGGCCCCUCUGGGACACUGGCCCAUCUUGGGUGUCUCAGUGGUGCGCAUUCAAAAGGUUCCAUAGCGUAUUCAUCGACUGUGCGCGUAACUUCCGUCCCCGUACUUUCAGCGCCAGAGUUGGAUGAAAAAGAGAAUGCUCUAAGGCUGCUUAAAUUUCAACAGGAGCAUUCGACGAUUCAGGUGGAUGAACGCGGAUAUCCGGUUGCCUCGCCUUUGUCGGAUCUACGUUUCUUUCGCUAUGCUCAGCUCUUCAGUCCCGAUGAUCAGAGUUAUGAACCAACCGUCUGGCGUUUGGGAGCUGCGCUGUUUGAUGAAAUGGAUCUGCAGUUGAAGACGCACACUUCGCUAGACGCCCGCGAGCAUAUCGUAGCUCUCCGACGACAUACUAAUCUCUCCACAUGGCUGAAGACCGCUGUCGCUUCAACGGUUGAGGAGGAAUUGCGCUCCUUUCCGAAUGCUCGCGCAUCGCGUAAGAUUUUCACGAUGUUGACAGGCCAUCAGAUUAACCGUGCCGUGGAUGCUGCAUUGGCUGAAGGAGACUUCAAUCUUGCAACCCUCGUCUCUCAAGUGGGAGGGGAUCCAGAUUUUCGGGCCGAUGUCGAAAGUCAGCUGAAAAAAUGGAGGGAACAGAACAUAGACGCUCAUAUUGAUGAGCAUUAUCGAAAGGUAUACUCCCUCCUGGCUGGAGUUGUCGAUGUUCUGCCUGCCUCCAAGAGCAUCGAUCCGGUGGAGAAAUGUCGUGAGCUUAUCGUAGCGGAGGGAUUGGACUGGAAGCGUGUCUUCGGGCUGCACCUGUGGUAUGGGAUUGGGGUUGACACUCCUUACGUCGAUGCUCUGGAGUCGUACCGAUCCACGCGACCUGAGACCGCGAGUCGCCCCUUGCCGUGGUACCAAGAAUUACACGAUACUACCAGUAUCAUGCGUUCUUGGCAGAUGGCUACCCAAGAAAAUGAUGGCUUGUUUCAAUUGAUGAUUCUGAGCUCCAAUCCAGCAGCCCCUCUCGAACGUGCACUAUCGCCGUGGUCAUUUUCGCCAAGUCCAUUCGACAGCCGUCUACCUUGGCACACUUCCAUUCUCCUCUCUCGUUGUUUGAAUUUCCGUGAUUUUGGAGAUCGAGUGACUGAAGAUAUGUCUACUGAGAAGGACUCCCCCGGAAGUCGCCCGCUCAGUUUGAAUGCAAACAAGCUUACGGUAUCCUACGCGUUUCAGCUGGAAAGGCAAGGCCUUUGGGAGUACGCUAUAUUCCUACUCCUACAUCUCGAGAGGUCUUUUGAUCGUGAGAUAGCAGUCAAAGAUGUGAUUUCAAGACACGUAGAAUAUCUAACUGACGAAAUGGAACAAUUCCUUUGCAACACGUUGCAAAUUCCAGAAACCUGGAUAUAUGAAGCAAAGGCGACGUUAUGCCAAUAUCAUAGCAAGGCUUUCGAUGCAUAUAACAGCUAUCUCUGCGCUGGAAAUCCUCAGAUGGCUCAUGAUGUCGCAUUGGGCGAAUUGGCACUGGAAGCAAUUCUUCGUGAUGAUCUUGAACUCUUGAGGUCCCUCUUUAUUACGUUUAAUCCACAGGACAUCAAGGAUUGGUCUUUCCGCGGUAAACUGUGUCUGGAUUAUGUCGAGUGUUUGACGGAUAUUCCCUCCCUGGCUGGAGCCUCACAUGAUAUCAUACCUGACGCUACAGAGGCAGAGAGGCUGGAUCGAUUCCAGCGUACUGUACCGCAAUUGAUUCAGCUUCUUCCAGGCAUUCUGCCUGACCGAACAAAUUGGCGGCACAAUGUCUGCUUGGCUCGUAUGCUUUCAAGACUGCUGGAAUUGCAAUUACCGACUCAGGUUAUCAUUUGUGCAGACGUGAGCAAUUCCAAUUUAUACCCGUUUGCCGUCGUGAAGGCCCAACACAAUGCGAAUGAGGAUUGUGGGAUCCCAGAUGCGCCGCUCACUCCCUUAGGCGUUUCCCAAGCGCGCAAACUAGAUCGCACGACCAGGGAUGCGAUCCAGUCUCAAGCGGAUCUACUCGUGACUUCGCCGCUGAUUCGAACGCUCCAAACUGCGCUGCUGGGCUAUCCCCACUUGAAGCAACGUCUCGAAUCUCAACCAGAUCCCAAGCCAUUGAUCGUGCUGCCUCAACUCCAAGAGGUUGGUGACGCCCCUUGCGACACAGGGAGUGAUAGAUGCAAGUUAGAGAAGAUCCCUGAAUUUAACGGUAUCGACCUUUCAACUCUCGAAGACGAUUGGAACAAGAAGCAAGGCAUAUACGCGCCAGAAAAUGUACUCCAACGGGCGAAGUGGGUUCGGAGAUGGAUACGGGACAGAUCGGAGAAAAACAUUGUCGUCGUAUCGCAUGGUACUUUUCUACGCAAUCUCGUGGGAGUGGGCCUGGACCACGCAUGGGGAAACGCAGAAGUCAGACGGUACACCUUUAAAUCAGAGGAUGAUGAAGAAGCGGAAUUAGUCUUUGUCGAACAAACUGGAGGCGAGGCGCCAACGAGCAACAAGCUCGCACCAUAG